CUCAAUAGCAAAAGAGAGAAAAUAGAAAGUAAACGAACCACAGAAUCGUUCAGUCCGUACAAACCGAAACUUUGUUUUCUUUUUGCGAGAUUGUGUGAAGAUAGAAGAUGGAGCCAGUCGAAGACGACCCUUUCCUCCGGAAGUAUCAGCCAUCGGAUCUUAAGAUUGCUUCGGAGUUUCUAACAACUUGGCUGCCUUUCUUAUCUAGAGAUCUCUGCUCAGACUGCGUCCAUGUUCUCUCCCAUCGUAUCCGUUCUCUACACCCAGAGUAUUCUAGUACUAAGACAGAGACUGUUGCUGGAGAUGAUAAACCGGUUUCUGAUCUGGUGGUGGAAGACAUGGAUUCUGAAGCUGCUGGUGAUGAUCAUAUCAAUGCUUUUGAGACUGCGACUCCUAAAAUGUCUUGGGCUGAUAUGACACAAGAGGAUGGGCUCAGUGAUGAAGAAGAAGAGGAGGUGAGUAAAGACUCUAGGAAGACUCCUGCGAAGCGUAAAUUGUCUAGGAAUGAAAGAGAGCAGUAUGGGUUUGUGAACGUGAAGAGGAUGAAAGUGUUUAGCUGUUUCGAGAAAGUUAAAGGGAGACGCGUUGAUAUACUAGAGGGACUUGAGUUGCAUACCGGUGUUUUCAGCGCUGCGGAGCAGAAAAGGAUUGUUGAUUAUGUGUGUGAACUACAAGAGAAGGGUCGCAAGGGAGAGCUUCAAGAACGUACUUUCACUGCUCCGCAUAAGUGGAUGCGAGGCAAAGGAAGAGUUACUAUUCAAUUCGGAUGUUGUUACAACUACGCAACUGACAAAGCGGGGAACCCACCAGGGAUCCUUCAACACGGAGCUGUUGAUCCAAUACCAUCUCUUUUCAAAGUAAUUAUCAGAAGGUUGGUAGGGUGGCAUGUGCUUCCUCCAACAUGCGUACCUGAUAGUUGUAUCGUCAAUAUAUACGACGAAGGUGAUUGUAUACCUCCCCAUAUCGAUAACCACGACUUCCUCCGACCUUUCUGCACAGUCUCGUUCCUCAGUGAGUGUGAUAUACUCUUUGGAUCAAAUCUUAAAAUCGAAGGACCUGGUGAAUUCUCUGGUUCUUACUCGUUGCUGCUUCUUGUCGGGUCAGUUCUAGUGCUAAAGGGGAAUGGUGCCGAUGUAGCUAAGCAUUGUGUACCUGCGGUUCCCAAGAAGAGGAUAUCGAUCACGUUUAGGAAAAUGGACGAGUCGAAAAGACCAGUCGGGUUCACCCCGGAACCUUAUCUGGAAGGGAUCAAGCCGUUGCCAUACGAAUCGACCACCAAGCUGAGUACUCCUCCUGCUGUUGCAGCCAUUAGCUCUUCAAGAUGGGGCAACGACCAAAAUGGUACUAAAUACAACAGCGGAGGAGGCGGACACAGAGAAGGACGCAAGCAUCAUGAGUCGAGAAGAGGUUAUCAUCAUUCCGAGAGUCGAGAUUGGUCGUCAUCAUCAAACCGAAGAAGAGGAAGCUCACGACACUCUCCUAGCACAGCUUAUAGACCCAAGGUGCAUAGUAAUAAUACUAGCUCUGACAAUGUUUGAGUAAGAAUUUACUUUCUGUUUGUUAUAUUUCUAUGUUUGUAAUACAAACUUAAUUAUUGAUUUUACCACAUAAUAAAACAAUAAACUAUGGUUCAAAGAAAAUAUAACAA